AUGUCGAAGUUUACGAGGCUUUAUUUGCGGAUACCCCGUCCGAAGACCCUCUUUGGCUUCAUCAGCCUCCAGACCGGUACCGAAUUGAUUUCCCUGGCGCUGGUCUUCAACAAGGUCACCGGCGUUUAUGGCCUUCUUGCUAUUCUUACUGGAUUUCAACUCUCGCUAUUCCAACUUACGACUUACAUUUACUGUAUCGGAAUCCUCGGCACCCUCGUCUACCUAAUUCCACAUAUCCGAAAGCAGACUGCGUUCGAGUGCCUGGCCUUGGCGUGGCUGUAUGUGAUCGAUACUGCUAUCAACUGUGCCUCUACAUUGGCUUUUGGAAUGGACUGGUACUUUGCCAACGCUGCAUCAUCGACCGGGUCUGGAAUCAAGCCUUCAAGCCUGCCUGAUAUUGUUGCCGAAGGGAUGGAAGGUCUUCGACGUGAAACUGCCAUGCACGGAGAUGCUGUGCCCCAGGAGACGGCAGCCAGCAUGAUUCUCAUCACCGGGUUGACCUUGAUCCGAGUUUACUUCAGCCUGGUUGUCAUGAAUUAUGCACGGCAGGUGCUGCAGAAGUAUAUGCAGCUGAUGAUCCUCGAGGGACCUGGUGUUGACGAUCAUGUGGGACCUUUCGCUACCGACCUGCCUGACGGUGAAGGCCGGAGGGGUCAGCUUGGCCGAACCAUGGUGUCUUUUGGACGCAACUACUGGAUGGAUUAUUCCGAGGCGGGAGAGUGGACCGUCGGAGGUACAAGCCGGAAGCCUAGCUCAGUCGGAACUCUGGCCGGCGAAGUAUAA